UACAAUGAAAUCUCUGGCCUUUUCUUGCCUUGCAGAUUGGGUUGAUAACCACCUUGAUAACGACCGUUGUCACCAUGUGCUCUAUAGCCCAGCUAUGGGAUGAUGAGUGGAGCAUGGUUGCCAUAUCCUUGCAGGCAACAGCGCCUUUUCUGCACAUAGGAGCCCUUGCGGCUGUCACCGCCCUGUCUUGGUUGGUGUCUGGGCAGUUUGCAAGAGCCGAAAGAGUCACCUCCCAGUUGCUGACGUUCGGAGCCUACUUUGCGGUGGUCCUGGCCCUGUACCUCAUCCCUCUCACGGUCUAUUCCCCUUGCAUCAUGGAGAAGAAGGACCUUGGGCCCAAGCCUGCCAUUAUUGGACACCGGGGAGCGCCAAUGAUGGCACCUGAAAACACUCUGAUGUCCUUCCAGAAAGCGGUGGAGCAGAAACUCUACGGAGUGCAGGCAGAUGUGGUCAUAAGCUAUGACGGGGUGCCUUUCCUCAUGCAUGACAAGACGCUACGGAGGACGACGGACGUGGAGGCCGUCUUCCCAGAGAGGGCCUACACACAUUCUUCCAUGUUCAACUGGACAGACCUGGAGAUGCUGAACGCCGGCGAAUGGUUCCUCAAGAACGAUCCCUUUUGGACCGCCCAGUCGCUCUCCAGUUCCGACUUUGUCCGAGCUGCCAACCAGUCCGUCUGCAAGCUGGCCGAGAUGCUGGAGGUGGUCAAGGGCAAUGCCACCGUCCUCUUAAACUUCCAGAGCUUGCCCCGGGACCACCCUUACUACAGCGCUUUCAUCAACAUCACCCUGGAAACGGUCCUCGACUCGGGCGUCCCUCAGCAGGCUGUGAUGUGGUUGCCCGACUCUGACCGCCGACUGGUCCAAGAGGUUGCCCCAGGUUUCCAGCAGACCACUGGCGUCAAGGCUGGGGCUCAGCCUUUGAGGGACAGAGGCUUCCAAAAGCUGAACCUGCGCUACACCAAAGUCACCAGGGACGAUAUCAGGGAAUACGCCGUGGCGAACUUAAGCGUCAAUCUGUUUGUCGUGAACGAGCCUUGGCUCUACUCUGUCCUGUGGUGCUCCGGGGUCCAGUCCGUCACCUCCGACAACUCUCGCGUCCUCAGCAGGCUGCGUUCCCCUGUCUGGAUGAUGUCUCCGGACGAAUACAAUCUCAUCUGGAUAACCGCCGACCUCGUUUCGUUCGUCGUAAUCGUAGGAGUUUUUAUAUUCCAGAACUAUCACAUAAUCAGGUGGCGAAUGGGCAGCAUCCACAGCUACAACCCUGAACAGAUCAUGCUCAGCGCUGCUGUCCGAAGGUCCAGCCGGGAUGUCAACAUCAUGAAGGAGAAACUCAUCUUCUCAGAGAUCAACAGCGGCAUCGAGACGACGGACGAGCUUUCUCUGUGCUCGGAGAACGGCUACACCAACGAAGUCGUCACCCCCCUGGACCACCGAGAAGUGAAGCUUCGUAUCAACUGAGGGGGCAGCAGAGGAGCGGUUGGGGGGCUCCGGAACCUUCCGGCGCUUCCUUGGUCCUUGCGUGGACUGCCUGGGACUCUUAAUGCAACGGACUUCGUGCGGGUGGCCUGGUGCCUCUCUGGAAACUGAAGCUGGACUGGGUUUCUUUGAUUUUUUUGUCGUUGUUGUAAAUAUCCCCCCUUUUUGUGACCCCUUUUCUUGCCUAUCAUGGGAUUGGGGGCGGGUGGGGCAGGAUUCGGCAUGUUUGCGAGGAGCGAUCUGGCGAUGGGACCCACUAGAAGAUAGCCUUCAGAGGUGUUGCCGGACUACAAGUCCCAUCAUCCAGGACCAUGCAUGGCUACAGCUGAUGGGAGUUGUAGUCCAACGUCGUGCAGGGUCAUGUGACGGAAGGAACCCCACUGUCUUUCUCUCCUCUCCUGGGUGCAGCGAUUGUUAGCUGAACUUAUUUAAAGAUGUAUGUUGUGA